CAUUUUCCCUACAUGUAGUUUCCAGCUCCAGUGCUGUCUGGGGGUUGAAAACAUCCAGUAAAACACACUGGUCACCUCUGAAGAGUUCCUGUUCGACUCUAAAAGCCGAGGUGCGUUUUGUUUUGCUGUGAAGAUGCUCUGAAGGACUUAGCCGGCUCGGCUAGCGGGUUUAAACAUUUAAACAAAGGGCACGCGCGGCUGCUGCUGGCGUAUUUCCAACGGAAAACUCAUCGCCUCAGAAAAACUGAGCGUCAUGUCGGGAAAACACGGUCUUGAGGAGGCAGCAGGAAGGCAGCCCAUGACUCAGCCGCUGAACCAAAUGGCUCCUCCACCUUACCUGCCGGCGCAGGACCCCAGCAUGGCCCCACACCCUCCUCCGCCCGGCUGCGGCCCCCAGCCUAACUACCCCCCUCCACCUCCUCCGCCCGGCUCUGAGGGGUAUUUACAGGAGACGCAGUUUCCUUCUGGAAACCCUCCACCUCAGGCAGCUCCUAAUGGUUACACGGUUCAGACGCACGGGCCCGGCAGCUCGGUGCCUCAUCCUCCCGUGGGUUACCUGCAGCUCGGAUAUCCACUCCAACUGCAGCCCUGCACUGCUUAUGUACCUGUGUAUCCUAUUGGAGCAGGGGGCCAGCCUUACAUGCCUAAUGGUACACCUCAUGCAGGUGUUGCACCAGGGCAGGUGCCAAUGCAAAUGCCCCCCGGCGUUGCUCUAAUGGAGCCACGGCGGCCCCCUCAUGACUACCUGCCCAUCGCCGUGCUCACAACCAUCUGCUGCUUCUGGCCCACAGGCAUCAUCGCCAUCAUCAAAGCCGUGCAGGUACGUACAGCUGUUGCUCGGGGCGACAUGGUGUCGGCAGAGAUUGCGUCACGCGAGGCGCGUAACUUCUCCUUCAUCAGCCUGGCGGUGGGCAUUGCCUCCAUCGUGCUCUGCACCAUCCUCACGGUGGUGGUGAUCAUCGCCUCGCAGCACCACGACGAAGACUGGGAGCCGUAGACUCCUCCCCAGACCCGCACCACACUACGGACUGAAAGCGGUACAGCCAGUAUUCUGCCCAUAGAAUGAAGAUCUGCUCACAUUGUCACACAACACACUCCGUAUUACAGUCAAGGAUAAAACCUAAAGUGAAUAAUUGUUUCCUGUGUUAGCUAAGGCACAGAUUUACAUCCUUAAUUAAUCUCUCAUAGGAGGUGGGAACAAAUCACACCCAUCCCCAUGGUUUCCUGUGCAGAAAUGCUCAGCAAAUCAGUUUAAUAAUCUCCAGACAAACUCGUGUUCCAUAUUGGUUAUGCACUGUGUUUGUGUUGAGUCCAUUCCGUCACUGAUUUGUUCCAUUAAUCUGUUUAGGUUCACUGUUGUACAAUAGAAGUAAGGUAUUUCCUGGCACUGACGAAAAAUGAUGACGCAAACCGAUCUGCUAUUAUUUACUCGUAUUGUAAUAUAUAAAAGUGUUAAGUAGCUGAGCAGAAGCGAUAAUCAUUCUUAGACUUUUAUUACAGUCGGUGUAAAAAGCCGUACAAGUUUAAUAAGUAGAAUAUUGGUCUUUGCUAACCGAGAAACAAUUCUGUUCAAAAAUUUGGUGAUGACUAAAAAUAUUUUUUUGCGCUCGAAUG